GACAAGCUGAGGAGCGAGAUGUACCAAGGGGAUUUCGUCCGGCCCAUGGAAGGGAAAGACUUCACUUUCGAGUACGUGCAGCGAGAAGCCCUCAGAGCUCCCCUCGUCUUCAGAAGUAAGGAUGGACUGGGAAUUAAAAUGCCAGACCCGGAUUUCACUGUGCGUGAUGUGAAGCUGCUCGUGGGGAGCCGUCGGAUUGUGGACGUGAUGGAUGUGAACACGCAAAAAGGCAUUGAGAUGAGCAUGUCCCAAUUUGUGCGCUAUUAUGAAACGCCGGAAGCCGAACGCGAGAAGCUCUACAACGUGAUCAGCCUGGAGUUCAGCCACACGAAGUUGGCAAGCAUUGUCAAGCGCCCCAAUGUGGUGGACUUAGUUGACUGGGUGGACAACAUGUGGCCUCGCCAUCUGAAGGAAAGACAGACAGAUGCCACCAAUGCCAUUUUGGAGAUGAAGUACCCCAAAGUUAAAAAGUACUGUCUGAUGAGUGUGAAAGGGUGCUUCACAGAUUUUCACAUUGAUUUCGGGGGCACUUCAGUUUGGUAUCAUGUUUUUCGAGGAGGGAAGAUCUUCUGGUUGAUCCCUCCCACACUGCAGAACCUAGAACUCUAUGAGGAGUGGGUUCUCUCGGGCAAACAAAGUGAUAUAUUUCUGGGAGACAGGGUGGAGCGAUGCCAAAGAAUUGAGCUGAAACAAGGGCACACUUUCUUCAUUCCUUCAGGGUGGAUCCACGCUGUCUAUACUCCAGUAGAUUCCCUGGUGUUUGGUGGGAACAUCCUGCACAGCUUUAAUGUCCCCAUGCAGCUUCGCAUCUAUGAGAUUGAGGACAGAACAAAGGUUCAGGCCAAGUUCCGCUACCCUUUCUACUAUGAGAUGUGCUGGUAUGUCCUGGAGAGGUACGUGUCUUGCGUGACCCAGCGCUCCCACCUCAGCAAAGAGUACCUGAGAGAAUCAAUGUUAAUUGAUGCAACAAGGAAACGCAGCUUAGAUAGCUUCUCAUCGGAUUCUUGGGCAGACAUGGAUGAAGAACUGUGUGAUGCUCGUGCUCGGGAGGAGAAGGACGACAACUCGGAUAAACCCCCUAAGCCCUCAGCCGAUGGUUCCUCCUCUCCCAACAGCACACAUUCGGAAGGGAAGGAGAUUCUGGGGAAGAAGCAGAAAUCUGCUGCCCCCCAGUACCUUAAAAGAACUUUGUCCAACGAGUCGGACGAGAGUGUAAAGUCGACUCCGUCGGAGUAUCCCAAAACGCCCACGGGGUCGCCGGCCACGGAGGUCUCCGCCAAAUGGACUCACCUGACAGAGUUUGAACUGAAAGGCUUGAAAGCCCUUGUCGAAAAACUCGAAUCCCUCCCGGAGAAUAAGAAAUGCAUCCCAGAAGGCAUAGAGGAUCCUCAGGCUUUGCUAGAGGACAUGAAGAACCUCCUGAAAGAACAUGCAGACGACGACCAGAACCUCGCCAUUUCUGGGGUCCCCGUGGUAUCCUGGCCAAAGAAAAACACAAAGAAUCGAGCCGUCGGCAGGCCGAAGGGUAAGCUGGGCCCUGCCUCGGCCGUGAAGCUCGCCGCGAACCGGACGACCGCGGGGGCCCGCCGGAGGAGGACGCGAUGUCGCAAGUGCGAGGCCUGCCUGCGCACCGAGUGUGGGGAGUGUCACUUCUGCAAGGACAUGAAGAAGUUCGGCGGGCCUGGCCGGAUGAAGCAGUCGUGUAUCAUGAGGCAGUGCAUCGCGCCGGUGCUGCCUCACACUGCUGUGUGCCUGGUGUGCGGAGAAGCUGGGAAGGAGGACACCGUGGAAGAGGAGGAGGGCAAGUUCAACCUCAUGCUUAUGGAGUGCUCCAUCUGCAACGAGAUCAUCCACCCCGGAUGCCUUAAGGUGCGGGAAUCGGACGGCGUGGUCAAUGAUGAGCUGCCAAACUGCUGGGAGUGUCCCAAGUGCAACCACGCCGGGAAAACGGGGAAAUUGGCUUGUGUGCUUUGUCUCUCUUUGGCGUACAAGCAAAAGCGCGGACCAGGGUUCAAGUACGCGUCCAACCUCCCCGGCUCACUGCUGAAAGAGCAGAAGAUCAACCGGGAAAACAAGGAGGUCCUCCCGGAAGCCACCAAGCGCAAAGUGGAGUGCGAGGAGCCCCCCCGGAAGAAGUUGGAGGAGCACCCCAAAAAGCCCCCCCUGGACCCCCUGCUGAGGAGGAAGUCCGAAGACAUCCACCUGCGUCGGAAAAGGAAAUUCGAGAAGCCCCAGGAGCCCACCAUGAGGAAACGGCUAAAACUAGGCAAAGAAGAGAAGCUGUUUAGGAAAAAGAAGCGGUCGUGGAAGCCGACAGACGACCGAACCUUGCUGGUGAAGCCCCUGCGGCGCUUCAAGCAGGAGCCAGAGGAGGGCCUCCUGGAGGAGCCGCCCAAGAGCAAGGAGAGCGACCAGUCCCGCUCCAGCUCCCCCAUGGCCGGGCCCAGCUCAGAGGGGGCGGAGUCCCGCAGCGACAAGAAGAAGUUCAAGAUCCGGCGGAAAAACCGCGUCCCCAGCAAGGAGCUGAGCAAGGAGCUGAGUAAGGAGCUCAACCAGGAGAUCCAGAAGACCGAGAACAGCCUGGCCAACGAGAACCACCAGCCCAUCAAGUCGGAGCCAGAGAGUGAAAACGAGGAGCCGAAGCGCCUCCUCUGCCCCGAGCGGCCCCAUCGCUUUGGCAAGGACUUGAACGGGGCGCCCCGGGAGCUCCGGCCCCAGCUUCUGUCGAACCUGCGCAGCAGCAGCCCCCGGGUGAUCGCCCGGCCUCCCCCCUCCCUCUCGCCGCCCAAGUGCGUGCAGAUGGAGCGCCACGUCAUCCGGCCGCCCCCCAUCAGCCCCCCUCCGGACUCGCUCCCCCUGGAUGACGGGGCUGCCCAUGUGAUGCAGCGGGAGGUCUGGAUGGCCGUCUUCAGCUACCUCAGCCACAGCGAACUCUGCGUCUGCAUGAGGGUUUGCAGGACUUGGAACAGAUGGUGCUGUGAUAAGAGACUGUGGACCAAAAUAGACCUAAACCAUUGUAAAUCCAUCACUCCCCUGAUGCUCAGCGGCAUUAUCAGGAGGCAGCCGGUCAAGCUCGACCUGAGCUGGACAAACAUAUCCAAAAAGCAGCUGAGCUGGCUCAUCAACAGGCUCCCAGGUCUGCGGCAUCUGGUCUUGGCAGGGUGCUCGUGGAUUGCCGUGUCCGCUCUGUGCAGUUCCAGUUGCCCCCUCCUCCGAAUUCUGGAUGUCCAGUGGGUGGAGGGCUUGAAAGACGCACAGAUGAGAGACCUCCUGUCGCCGCCAACUGACAACAGGCCAGGCCAGAUUGACAACCGGAGCAAACUGCGCAAUAUCGUGGAGCUGCGCCUGGCUGGCCUGGACAUCACGGAUGCUUCCCUGCGCCUGAUCAUCCGGCACAUGCCACUGCUAGCCAGGCUGGACCUCAGCUACUGCAACCACAUGACGGAUCAGUCCAUCAACCUGCUGACAGCCGUGGGCACCACCACGCGGGAUUCCCUAACAGAAGUCGUCUUGCAAGACUGCAAUCAGGUGACCGGCCAGUGCCUCUCCUACUUCAAGCGCUGCGGGAGCAUCUGCCGGAUUGACCUGAGGUACUGCAAGCAAGUCACCAAGGAGGGCUGUGAGCAGUUCAUAGCCGAGAUGUCGGUCAGCGUUCAGUUUACCCUGGUGGAAGAGAAAUUGCUGCAGAAACUGAGUUAGUAUUUUCAGGGGCCUGCUUGUAAAUAGUC